AGCCCAAACGCCGUCGUUUACUUCGACGCGGCAUUUUGUUUCACCCUCGACUCGAGGCCGCCGGUGACAGUCGCAUUCGCAGUGGGCGACUUUCGCAGAGAACCAGACCAUAGCAAAUUCAACCAUGUCGAAUGAAGUGAGGGAUCCUCUCUUGCCCGAUAGAAACUUCAUCUCCAGUCUUCAAUCCCUGGCAGACUCUCUCCAAAACAGAGUUAAGGAAUUAGAGGAAGAGAAUGCAAAGCUGUCGUCUCGACUUUCAAGUUGUUGCUGUCGUAAGAUAGAGGAAGCAUGUGACAGAGUUGUUGUAGAUUGUAAUGGUCUUCUUGCUGAAAGAAAGGAAUCAAAAACAGGUGGUAAUGGGACCGCAAAGAAGAAAGUAGUAGAGAAAAUUUCAGGUUCUAACACAAGAACCAUAAAUCACCAUUGCAAGAGAUAUGUUGCUCUGAAAAUCAUGUACUUUGGGAAAAGGUUCUAUGGUUUUGCUUCAGAGGCACAAAUGGAUCCAACUAUUGAGUCAGAAAUUUUCAGUGCUUUCGAGAAAACAAGGCUGCUAGUUGGUGACAAGAAGGAGUUACAGUACUCUAGGUGUGGUAGGACAGAUAAGGGGGUUUCCUCAGUUGGACAAGUGAUUGCUCUCCUUUUACGAUCAAGCCUCAAGGAAACUGAUGCAAGCAAUGAAAACUCUGAAGAAAUUGUUUUCAAAGAACAACAUGAACAAGAAAUAGAUUAUGUAGGGGUGCUGAAUCGAGUCCUUCCUGAUGAUAUUCGAGUUUUAGGUUGGUGUCCAGUUCCAGUUGGCUUCAGUGCAAGGUUUAGUUGUUUGAGCAGGGAGUAUAAAUAUUUCUUUUGGAGGGAGAACCUGAAUUUCUUGGCUAUGGAGGAGGCAGGAAAAAAGUUUCUUGGGGAACACGACUUCAGAAAUUUUUGUAAAAUGGAUGCAGUAAAUGUGCACAACUAUAAGCGGAAUAUCACGCUGUUCGAAAUUUGUCCUUCUGAUGUAAGGUAUGAUGGCAAUCAACUUUUGGCAUUUAAAAUUAAAGGUAGUGCUUUCUUGUGGCACCAAGUCCGUUGCAUGGUUGCUGUACUGUUAAUGAUCGGCCAAGGUCUUGAAUCCCCUGAUGUGAUAGAUACAUUAUUGGAUACUGAGAAGACACCAAGGAAACCCCAGUAUACCAUGGCUCCAGAGCUUCCAUUGGUUCUUCAUUCCUGUGAAUUUGAGAGUAUCAAGUUUAUUUGUUCAGCAGAUGCCGGACUGGCCCUGCGUAUGCAUUUGGCAAAUCAAUGCCGCAAUUACCAGCUCCAGGCCGCAAUAUUUAAUGAUGCUCUGCUUAGCUGUUUGCCGAUAUCAAGCGGUCAGAGAUCAUUAAAGGGAACAACCAAGAAAAAAGCUUCCCAUGUUCCGCUUAUGUCACGGCCGACUGAGCGUCACAUCAUAUGAAGAACGACGUCUGAAAUUGAACUCCAAAACAUUUGGUCUAUCAAAAUCCUCUUGAAGAGUAUGCACUGCUAUGCAUAUCAACCAUGCUUUAUUGCAUCGUAAGGUUAUUUUUGAAAGUGAUGUAAUUUUCAAGCAAUGAAUUUUAGUAGUUAGCAGCUGAUGUUCUUCAAUAGGAGAAAAUAUUUAUCCUUACAGGGUACGUUUCUCCUCUCAUAUGCUCAUCGGCAAUUUGUUUUCAUAUGUUCAGGCUCUUUAAGAGUAAUGUUAUAUAUAGUUAUAGAGUGUGCA